AGUAUCCGAGCACCGGUUUACCAACCUCACGUUUUACCCCACUUCGGGAGACCAAUCGGGCCUUCUAAUUAUACCCGGGUCCAGCGGUCCAAAGCGCGUGCGAACGUCACUCGUACAUCCCUCGCGUGCGUCUUAGCCCUGCCCCGUUCCCCCGGCGCGGCUCGGCCACCCAUUCUAAAUCGUUGCAGAUAUCCGGUGGAGGCUCUUCAGGAAGGUGGAAGAGGAAAAAGGAGAAGAUGCUGACGGCGAUGGACUCUGCCCUAGCGAUCGGUUUGCGGCCCCGCGGCGGUGCGUGUCCCUCGCCUCUCCCGCCGCGGUCUCUGCUGUCGCUCGUGGUGGGGGCCUGUCGCCGGUGUUCUUGGCGUGGCAAGCGGAGGCUCUUCGGUCGAGGGUUUCGGGAUCUUGAGCGCUACCGGACCAACAUGGAUGGCUGCUUUGGAUCGUGCCCGAGUCAUCCUCUUUCUGCUAGGGUUCGUGCCGCGCAAGGGGAUGCUGAUUCGCCGACGAGCAACUCCAGACGGCGGUACCACCCUUCCGAGGAAAUCGAAGAGCUGGUUCCUCCCGUUGACGGCGAAGAGAGGCGCCUCACGGAUGCCGAAACUGCAAGAACCAUAGUUGAGGUGAAUAGCAAAGCAACUGUCAUUUUCACGGGAUUUAUUGAUGAAGAAGUCGAUGAAAAUAUUAUUUGGCCUUAUGUACCAUAUUUAACUGAUGAAUAUGGAGAUAUCUAUUUUGAGGUGAAUAAUGAGAAAGAAAUUCUGCAAACUCUGAUUUCGGACGAUAAAUUAGUGCAAGUUAUAAUUGGGUUGGACAAUAUAGAAAUGCUAUCAGAGAUGGAAGUGCUAGGGCCAAGUGAUCUUGAUAUUGAAGUAGAAGAAAUCUCAAGUGAUGUAGGUGAUGUUAAUGAUGGAUAUGAAGAGGAUGCAGUGGCCAUCAUCGAAGAUGAAUUAGAUGAACUUCUCUCUUCUGAUAAUGUUAGUGAUUGGACAAAUUUGGAAACAAUGCAGUCUUGUCAUCCAAUGUAUUUUGCUAAGAAAAUGGAAGAGUCUGUAUCGAAUGUUGAUUUGGACUGGAUGGAUCAACCUCCUGCUAGCAUUGUCAUCCAAGGUCAACUGAGACCUGCCUUCGCUGAAGAGAGCAUAAAUAUCAAGAAGCUUCCAUAUAGUGGAGAAUUAGAUAAGGAUCAAAGUCUACAUAACGGAGCUUCAUUCUACAAAUUGGAGAUGAUUAAUAUUCAGAUAGUUUCUUCGUAUGGGAAUCAGUUUGAAGUUAAGAUUCAAGAUUUUCGAGAAGCUCGACCAGAUGUUCUUGCACAUUCUGCUACCAAUAUCAUAUCUCGUCUUAAAUCUGGUGGGGAAAAGGUCUCACAAGCCCUUAAAAUGCUGUGUAUGAGGCAAAAGGGUAUUCAUGUAGAGGAGGCUGUUGUCAUUGGUGUUGACAGUCUUGGUUUUGACUUGAGAGUUUGUUCAGGAAGGCAAGUCCAAACUCUAAGAUUUUCUUUUGCUACACAAGCAACAUCCGAGUUUAGUGCAGAAAGACAACUCAAUGAUAUUCUAUUUCCACUACUUAAGCAGAAACAGCAGCGAUGGCAACAAGCUCAUCAGGGAAUUGACAGUUGACGCAUUUGAUUACUGCUGCAUCUUCAGCUGAAUCACUCAUACAACAUGCAACGGGAUUUUGCAUGGGUAUCUGGUCAUGGGCCAUCGAUGCAUAUAGCUUGCAUUCGUAUGCCUCACCGUCGAAUUGCAUGUUGACCGGAUACUUUUAACAGCGAGUCAAACGAACGAUAGAUUGUUGAUGGUAUGAUAAAGGAUGCUCAUGCUCAACUUGUCCGAGGUUUGUCUUGUAUUAUCAUUUACAUUAGGGCAAUAUCAUGCUGAAAAAAAUUUGCUCGAGUAUAAACGAAGAGCAGGCUUGUGAAUUGUGCUUGGAGCAGGCUUUUCUACUUUUAGUAUGAUAUUACUGCGAUGUUGGGACAGUUUGUUGAUAGAAAGUCUCAUCCAUUUGUCUGCC